AUGCAGGAGGACGAGCAGCUUCGCUCCCUGGUUGAAACUCAUGGCGCCAACAAGUGGACGGAGAUUGCCGCCGGGUUGCCAGGGCGCACCGGGAAAAGCUGCCGUCUUCGAUGGGUAAACCAGUUGCGUGGCGAUUUGCUGACGAGCGCCUUCACACCGGCGGAGGAUCAAAAGAUUGUGGAGAUGCAGGCGACGUACGGCAACAAGUGGAGUGCAAUUGCUCGGGAAUUGCCUGGCAGAACGGAUAACAUGGUCAAGAACCGUUGGAACUCGUACCUGAAGCGCCGAGUGGAGAUG